AUGAGCUCGGAUAACAAGACUCCUUUCUCUGUUUGGUUUCCAGACAAACUCGAGGAUGAGAUGGGCAAACUCCAGGUGGAGCUCGGCAAACUCCAGGCCGAGCUCGGCAAACUCCAGGCCGAGCUCGGCAAACUCCAGGUGGAGCUCGACCCUGCUUCCAAACCAGCAGGAAACGAGCCGAUUGUCCAGGGCAGCCAGACCAGCCCCAGUGACACCGGCACAGACAGCAGCCGGGAGAGAUCAUCUGGGCCCUGCUGUCACACCCGCCCUGCGCUCUCAGCCACAGUGGACGUGACUCUGGAUCCAGACACGGCAAAUCGCUACCUCGUCCUGUCUGAGGAUCGGAAAAGUGUGAGACACAGAAACAGGCGCCAGGCUCUGCCCAACACCCCCGAGAGAUUUGUUACUUACCCUGAAGUUCUGGGUGCCGAGGGGUUCGCGGGCGGGAGGCAUUACUGGGAGGUGGAGGUGGGAGACAAGCCUGAGUGGGAACUGGGGGUCUGCAGGGAAUCUGUGAGCAGGAAGGGGGAGAGUGAAAAUUCACCUAGGAAUGGAUACUGGGUCAUGUUGCUGAGGGAUGGGGAAUACGAGGCCAGCACCUCCCCCUCCACCCUCCUCCCCGUGAGCGCCAGGCCCAGCCGGGUGGGGGUUUUCCUGGACUACGAGGCAGGCGAGGUCUCGUUUUACAAUGUGACUGACGGGUCCCAUCUCUUCACCUUCACCGACACCUUCUCCGGGACGCUGCGCCCGUAUUUCUAUCUUGGUCUCUGUCCUGGGGGCACCAACGUGGAGCCGCUGACCAUCUGUCCGGUCCUGGCCCGGGCCAAAGGGAAUCCUGGCCCAGUCAGUGGAGGCAGCGAGGAGAGAGGAGCUCAGCAGGGAGAGUCGAGUGAUUCGCCCGGCCGGGCUGAGGCAGAGGGGACGGAGGAGGAGAUACCUCUCUGCUCCAUGGAGGCUGGGUACACGCCAAAUGGUCCCUGCUAGCGCUGGCCCAGCCCUGCCCAAACUGGCUGGCGGCUCCGCCUUGGUCUGCACUCCUGGGGAAAUCGAGGCUGUGGGGGUCGAUCUUCCGGCGUGUGACUGAGCGGGUGUAGUGAGUUUUGGGGCUGCUUCGUGGUGCAACCCGCCCUUCUCCCGCACGGCCCCACCCUUCCCUGGCCACCGUGGAGCCGCGCGGCCCCAACCUCCAGGGUGGCCGGGCAGUGGAGUCUGUUUCCCUCACCUGCCUUACCCACCGCCCGUGGGACCCACCUUUUGGGCCCCACUUGCUGCAGCCGGGAGAGCAAAUCCCCUUCCUGCCGCAGAUGGGAGCCGGGCUCCCUGAGUUUCCUGCUUUUAGCUAGAAAUGGAGGCAGAGGGUGGCGCUUGCACAGAAGAAGAAGCUGAUGGGGGUGGGGGCAAGAAUUGGGGGGCAGGAGCCCAGUCAUAGGGGUGGCAGCCUCUCCCCUGUGCCUGAGGUGAGGCCCUUCCUCUGGGUCCCAGGGUUGUAUUUUUCUUUCUGUGAGGGGCUGCGAGGCAGACGGGGAGAGUGAAACACUCUGGUGUUUCCCCCGGGCUAUCCUGAGGCCUUGCGGGCGGUUCGGGGCCCCCAGGCGCGGCCGGACCCCCAGGCACUUACAGAGGCGGGACAGAACCGAUCCAGGACUGGCUGGCAAAGCGAAAUACGUGUCCCUGAAGCAGAGAGGUGCCUGGGGAAAGCAGGCGGCCGGUCAGGGACGGCUGCCGGGCACAGCAAAGCCUGGAGGAGAGCUGGGAUGAGUCCCAGGAUGAGUGAAAGAGAAAGGGAGGGGACGGGCCGGCCGGCCAGGGAACGCUUUGUGAGCCUGCAGCAGGGGGAAUGGACAACUGUGCCCGGGACUGGUCGCACACCCAGGCGGGCGGAGGCCAGAGGAAGGGCAGAGUCUCGCGGUCGGUUUCUCUCAGUCCUCGUUGGGGUGCGGGGGAGAUUUCUGCAGCAGACGCACUGCGGCGACCACUCACGGGAGUUAGCUUUUAUUUAAAAAAAAAUCCAAAUAUCCCUUCUCCUCCCCAAAACUCUUUUAUAAGAGUCCCAAAAAUGGGGCGCUGUGAUGGCCUCACUUUGCCAUAGGACGGCGUAGGAGAAGGCUGUACCUGGGACACGGGUUAAUUUAAUAAAUGCCGCCCCCACCAGCUGUCUGAAACGCUUGGCUUUAGCUUUGCCGGGGGACGUGCGUUACAGCCGGGGCGUACACACCCUGGCUUGGCGGCGUAGUGGAAGUAAGAACAGUGUUAAGGGAAAUUUGGGCUCCGCUUUAAUGUGUCAGAGCGAGCUUGGUGUUGUUGGUGGGUUUGAAGUGUGCAAUUCCCUUCGAUCCAUUUGCACAUGCGACCCCGCCAUUGCUACGGUUUGCAAUGAAUGACUCCUACCUACUGCCCAGCCCAGUGUAAGGAACCGUUACCUGGGGGAGCCGUCAUUGGUCAUGGGGGCUUGUCCGAAUUAUUCAUGGGGAGCGGAUUUCCCUGCAAGCUGGGCCCCAAACUGCAGCCGGGCAGGGAUUCAGUGUCCAUGCUGCUCUUCGGCAGACGGAGAUCUCAGCUCGGUGCCGUGUCUGGGGAGAGCAGGGGAGCUGGCCCAGGGGAUGUCGGGGGGGAACAGGGGAGCUGGCCCAGAGGGUGUCUGGGGGGAGCAAGGAAGCUGUCACGUUACCGAAUUGCAGGGAAGCAGCCAGAUCACUGCUGCACCCAUAGGUAGGGGUGUUGGCCC